UGAGUAUGGUUAACUUCAGGUCAGAGUGGAGGGACCUAGCGGGGUGGGCCCCCUACAACCUCCCCCUCAACACCUCCUCCAACCAGGCCGCUAAACUUUACGACGCUGCCCUGGACCAGCUCGCUUACUACUACAAUGACCCUGUGUUAGAUGGCGUGGGAGAGACUAUGGUGAGGAUGCUUGCGGAGGAUCCGAGUUUUGUGGCGGGAAACCUGCUGAAACACAGCAUGGAGUUGUUUGGGAGUAACAGUGACCCAGCUAGGGUUAGGUUUGAUGAGUAUUGUGGGACACUAGAUAUGGCGGGGCUGAAUCAUUGGGAAACAGAACAUAUUGCUGCUGUUAGGUGUUUUUACAAAGAGGAUCUGAUCGGAGCUAUGGAGAAAUACUCUGCUAUUUCCCGUCAAUACCCCUACGAUCUACACAGCUUUAAUUUCGGGUAUGUCCUGGGUUUGAUAAACGGUAAAACCUCCUACCUCAGAGACGUACCACUUGGCGUGGUAGAACGAUACAAACCCCACAUGCCCCAUUAUGGGCUAGUGCAUGGUAAACUGUGUUUUGGGCACGCUGAGAUGGGUGAGUAUGAGGAGGCUAAGCGGUGUGGGGAUAUCGCUCUGGAGGCAUUUCCUCUUGAUUCGUGGGCUGUACAUGCUAUGGCGCACACUUACGAGAAUCAGUCGAAACCGAAAGAGGUUGUGAAAAUGUUGGAUGAGACUUCCAAACAUUGGACUCGAGGAGUUUGUUUCAGUCAGCACAUUCACUGGCACCAAGCCAAUGCCCAUACCCAACUGGGUGAGUAUGAAGCUGCCCUCACUAUCUACGAUACGCACGUGGGACACUGUGCUAGGGGAGGCGAUGUGUUCCCUCUGUCUGACGCUAGUUCUCUGCUAAUGAGGUUAAAGGUAGACGGUCAAAAGACGGGUGGGAGAGAGGAAAUACUGGCUGAUCUGUGGUCACAACACAACGAUGAGUUCACCUCUUUGUUCUACGACGGACACUCCGCUAUCGCAGCCGCAAUGGUGGGUGACACCUCCAGUCUGGAUACCUUACUGGAGAAUAUGAGGGAGUUUGUAGCGGGAGAUAGAAGUGGAUGGAACAAGGUUGUAACCUCUACACACGGAGUAGAGCUGGUGGAGGGGAUCAGACUGAUGAGUGGUGGAGACUACACUGCUGCUACAGAUAAACUCCUGCUCUGUGUUCCUGGUGUUAUCAAGAUGAUGCACGGGUCUAAAGCACAGAAGAGCAUCUUCUCUAUAGUGCUGAUGCACUGUGCACUGUUAUCAGGGACGACUGAGCACCUGUGCGCGGCGGAGCAGCAUAUGAAGGAGCUGAUGGCAUGGAACAAAGUGUCGACUUUGCCGCCGUUACAGCAGAGGCUCUGGGAUAAGAUUCAGCUGCAGCAUUCAAAACAUUGAGUUUAAGUCUGGUUAUCUGCCUGUUGGGUUAUACUCCUGAUAAAGGCACUAUUGGAAUUAGUUCUGUAAUCUUGGGUAGAAUUUUUCUGAUUUGUUGCGUUAUUUUUUUAUGCAUAUAUAAUAAAUAUAUAUGCUUUUAUGAUGAGCAUUAGUUUUCAUGUAAGGAGUUGAGAUUAACUUCUUACAAACUUUAAAUUGCUGUAAAAUGCUGAUUAAAGCUUUUUCACCUAUAAUAUUAAAUGUAUGAUAUUUUAUUUCGAUUGAUUUUUAGACUGUUUAUUUGAUUUUCAAUCAUAUUUAUGAUUAAAUGGAAUCCUAAUGUUUGCAUGCAAUAUUUUAUAAAUGAGUAAUAGUAGGUUGAUUUGCAGAAUUAAUGUACAUACUAACUAUUCGUUAUUAGUUAUUCAAUUUUUAAAA